AUGUCGCAGCCAAAGCGGGAUGAGUCGCCGGGCGACAUUCCCUCCCCGCCUCACAUGGAGGAGUAUGCCCAGCCAAAUGUCGAUGCCUCAGACCUGGACGGCCUGUCGCUCUACGAGAAGAAAUGCGUCCUCAUUAAUAGAGAGAUCGAUGCCCAAGGCAUGGGCAGGUACCAAUGGUACAUUUGGAUCCUAUGUGGCUUUGGCUAUUUCCUUGACCUACUCUGGGCGCAGGCGUUUGGCCUCGUCUUGAGCCCGCUGCAGCAGGAGAUGGGCUUCGGCGACGGCGAGUCUGGAAACAUUUCGACUAGCUUCAAUGCUGGCCUCACUGCCGGUGCCUUCUUCUGGGGCUUCAUGUCGGACAUUGUUGGUCGUCGUUGGGCAUUCAAUCUCACUUGCCUCUUCUCCUGCGUCUUCGGUCUUUGUCUUGGCGCAUCCAACAACUACACCACCUUCCUUGUCAUUACAGCCUUUGUCGGCUUUGGUGUUGGCGGAAACAUUCCGGUAGACAGCGCGAUCUUCCUCGAGUUUGUUCCACAUAACCGCCGCUUCUUGUUGGCAUGCCUGUCCGUGUUCCAACCACUCGGCGUCGUCAUUUGCAGCGCCAUCGCUUUCGGCUUCAUCCCGACGUACUCGUGUUCGCCCAAUUUCUCCGAAAAGAAUCCGCUCCCGUCCUGUCGCACGGCAGAAACAGGGACGCCUUGCUGCUCUCGAUCGAAUAACAUGGGAUGGCGAUACCUGCUUUACACGCUCGGAGGCUUGUCGCUCCUCGUAUUCUUCCUGCGCUUCUUCGUCUUUACGUUUAGAGAAACGCCAAAAUACUCCAUAUACAAGGGCCACGAUGCGAAAGCGAUCGAAACGAUGCAGCAUAUGGCCAAAGUCAACAAGCAACAGUGUCGCUUGACCCUCGAGGACUUGGAGGCGCUGGCGAAGAAUCACGAGGCUAACCAUAGCGAUACAAGCUCUGGGCUGUUGCUGUCUGGUUCAGAAGAUGAGCGCUCGUCUAAACGCACGGGAGCGCUACGCAAGCACCUCAACAGAUACAAGAUGCUCUUCGACGGCUUUCAGAUGACACGUCUCACGAUUCUGGUUUGGCUUACAUACAUUUUCGACUUUUGGGGAUUUACGGUGGCAGGCUUCUACCUCCCUCGCAUUCUCGCGCUCAAGAACGGUGCUGCCUCGGCCAGUCUCAAGUUCACAUACGCAGCGUACAUAUACACAUACGCACCUGGAAUCCUCGGUGUUCUACUCGGGGCCUACGUUUGCCGCAUCCCAGCCAUCGGGCGCAAGUGGACGAUGGUCAUUUCCUCAGGCCUCAUGGGGGCGGCCAUAUUCCUGCUCUCGACCGUCGACACUGUCGCCAAAAACGAGGGCCUUUUCACACUGGAGUACUUCUUUCAGUCCAUGUUCAACGCCGUGCUGUACGGGUGGACGCCGGAGGCGUUCCCGGCGCCGGUCCGUGGGACGGCUUGCGGCGUGGCCAGUUUCUGGGGUCGGCUCUUUGGGAUUGUCAGCCCGCUUAUUGCGCAGCAUCUGUACGGUCAGACGGACGGGUCUGGCGGGAACGGCAACAUCAACAGCGUGCUGUACCUCGCAGGCGGCGCGACGCUGGGAUGCGUCCUUACCACGGCCCUACUCCCGAGUCAUCUGAUGGAGACACAGGACGAACGCUCCGAGGCGGCCAAGAGAAGUUGA